AUGUCCCUUUCCAGCAUAACAAGAUCCAUCAACCUACGAAAUAUCAUUUCAACCGUCAAAAAAUAUUCAAGAUUCAUAGGCCCUGGUCUAAUGGUCAGUGUUGCUUUUCUAGAUCCAGGAAAUUAUUCGACUGCAGUAUCAGCAGGAAAUGCAUACAAAUAUAGUUUAUUAUUUUCCAUACUAUUAUCAAAUUGUCUUGCCAUUUUCCUACAGACGCUAGCGGCCAAACUUGGGGCCGUUACAGGGUUAGAUCUAGCAGCUAAUUGCAAAGCCCAUUUUCUGUUUAGGACCAAUCUUGUACUAUACAUUAUGACUGAAAUCGCCAUUAUUGCGACUGAUUUGGCUGAAGUUGUAGGUACAGCUAUUGCGUUAAAUAUUUUGUUCAAAAUUCCCUUGUUUUUAGGAGUCAUUGUUACUGUUGUUGAUGUAUUGAUUGUUUUGGCUGCAUAUAGACCUAAAGGUCCACUUUUAUUUAUUCGGAUAUUUGAAUCAUUUGUUUCAAUUUUGGUUGCAGCUACUGUUGUCUGUUUUGGAAUUCAAUUGUAUCAAGUGAGUCACGAUAAGUCGAUAAAUUUCUCGGCUAUUGAAGUACUAAAAGGCUUUCUUCCCAAUGAAAAUGUUGUUGAUAUGUCUGAAAGAGAAGGUGGAAAUGGGUUAUUUUUAAGUUUGGCUAUAUUGGGUGCCACUGUAAUGCCUCAUUCUUUGUAUCUUGGAUCUGGAUUGGUACAAUCGAGGUUAAAAGAUUACGAUAUGAAGAACGGAUUUUACAAACCAUGGCCGAAGGGAAAGAACCAUUCAUCGUUAUCAGCGGUAACUACAAGUGAUGAAAUUACCAUCAAUCCUGGAGAACACGAAUCACAUGAUCAAGACUUGACGACUCCCACACCCCUAGAGGGACUCAAUCUGCCUCUACCCCCUUUUGAAAAAGAUGCCGAUACAACCACACUUGGCGAAGAUGAAGACGAUAAUUACAGACCAUCAAUCCACGCAAUAAAGGACACAAUGUCAUACACAAUCAUUGAGUUGGUGGUUUCAUUAUUCACAGUUGCAUUAUUUGUCAACUCGGCCAUUUUGAUAGUGGCUGGUGCUACACUCAAUAGCCCAAAGGUUGAUUCACGUGAUGAUCAUGAUGAAGGAAAUGACUCGGAUUAUGAUUCUGAGCAAGAUGACAACUACGAAAACGCCGAUUUGUUCACCAUUUAUCACCUACUUUCCAAGCAUUUAUCUCCCACGGCAGGAUUUGUAUUUGCUUUGGCGUUGUUGUGUUCUGGUCAAAGUGCAGGUGUUGUUUGCACAUUAGCUGGGCAAAUGGUUUCUGAAGGGUUUUUAUCAUGGAGCUUACCACCCAUUGCCAGAAGAUUAAUCACACGAGGAAUGGCAAUUGCACCAUGUUUAUUUGUUGUCACUUUCGCUGGUAGAGAGGGACUAGCAAAAACAUUGAAUGCAAGUCAAGUUGUAUUAUCUUUGCUUUUGCCAAUUGUCAGUGCUCCACUAAUUUGGUUCACUUGUAAUAAGCAUACAAUGAAAGUACCCAUUUAUGUACGAGAUGGUGAUGAAGAUGUUGAUAUUGCAACUAAUUUAUUUGAUGACGAAAUUGGAAAUGUGGCUCCAAUCAAUACUCAAAUCAAUUCCAAGAGAUUUACAAGUUCAGAGCCAGCUAUCAGGCUUCAAGAUUUGCGCAAGUCACAUCCAUGUGCUGGUUGGGAGGAUGACGAUGAAGAGGAAGAUGGUAAUCAUCAUGACCCAUUGACCAGCAAUUAUAAUGAAGAGAGCAGGCGAUUGAUAGGUGAUGAUGUACAUGCGAAUAAUGAAACAGAAACUUUUGCUCAGUCGCAUAGUACGAUAAAACCAAGAUCAAACUCAACUGUUCUGAUUUCUAACCGGCCGGUGUCUGAUUCAAGUGUGGGUUCAUCAUCGUCGGCUCUGCCCAAUAUGUUGACUACUGACACAGAAGAUGAAUAUUUAGACGAAGAAAAUUACCGAAUCAAGGGUUAUAAAGAUUUCAGUAACUCUACAUUGACAUCUAUAUUUGCGGUCUUGAUUUGGAGUUUUAUUACAUUGUUGAAUGUGUACUUGGUGGUAAAUAUGGUGAUAGACGCAUAA